CCUCGAAGGGCUCCCGGGGGAGAUCGUCCCCGUCCCGGAGUUCCGCGUGUCCCGCCCGGCUCGGAGCCGCCGUGCCGGGGAUGGGACGCUGACUCUGCUCUGGGAUGGGAGCCCGCAGCCCUGAGCCCGGUGUGGGCACCGUGUGCUGCGCGCGGCUGCGGGUCCCGGCCCCUCUGCUCUCUGCCACGGGUGCAGUCGGGCCGGGCCGAGCCCCGUCCUUCCCUUCCAGCCGGUAGGGCCCGCGGGCGGGGGCUGCGCGCUGCCGGCUCAGUGCGGCGAGGAAUGGGGAUCCUGCCCAGCCGGGAGAAGCCGCUCAGCGCCGCACCGUUGGCCGCCAUCCCCGCGCCGUCCCCGCUGCCCACACAGGCGGCCCCGGGCGGAUUCCAGGCGCUGGCUCUCUGCGAUUUCCCCUCCGGCGCGGGCGCUGCGCUGAGGAUGGGCGAGCAGCUCCGCGUCCUCUCUGAGGAUGGGGAGUGGUGGCUGGUGGCAUCGCAGGUGUCGGGCAAGGAGUGCCUCGUACCCAGCAGCUGCGUGGCCAAAGUGCGGCACAGGUGGUUGUACGAGGGCGUCAGCCGGGAGAAAGCGGAGGAGCUGCUGCUGCAGCCGGGAAACCACAGCGGAGCCUUCCUGAUCCGAGAGAGUCAGACCCGGAGAGGCGGUUUCUCGCUGUCGGUGCGGCGCACUGAGCUCCCCUCGUGGGAUGCAGUCACUCAUUACCGCAUCCACCGCCUGGAGAACGGCUGGCUCUACAUCUCACCCCGCCUCACCUUCCCCAGCCUGCACGACCUCGUGGAGCACUACAGCGAGAGCGGGGAGGGUUUGUGCUGCACCCUCAGGGCGCCCUGCGCGAUGCAGGCGGCGAAGGCAGCGCCAGCCCCGGCCCGGCCCGCAGUGGUGAAGAAGCCGAUGCUCAGCUGGGACAAAAUCGACAGCUCCGUCCUGCUCUCAGAGGCCGCGGCACCGCCAGGGGAGGAGGAGGAGGAGGAGGAUUCCUCCCCCAUCAGCCAGGGCCUGCGGGAAGCCAUCAGCUCCUACCUGCUGCUGACGGACAGUGCGGACCCAGAGAUGGGACUUGGGGGGAAGGAGGAAAAGAGCAGCUGAGGGCACACACAGACCUGCCCACAGCCCCUCCACACACACACGCUGGGCCCACGUAGAGGCGCAGCCCUGCAGCUCCAGGACCCACAGCGCAUCCACGUGGGGCUCUAAGUAGCACAGAGCCUGGGCCCCUCGGAGCCCCACGGCAGCGGCCCUUACCCCACAGAGAUGGGUCUAAAGCUUUAACUCAUCCAUUAAACAGAACCUUGCAGGACAAACAGCA